AUGUCGGCAAAGUACGCUUUCGCAAAAUCUCUCCGCGAGGUGCGAUUCCUCUUUUGCCAGACUUCGGAGCAGAGCGCGGCCCUCCGAUCAUUCGUUACUCGAUCGUAUCCUACCAUGAAGCGCAACAACCCCAACAUUCCUAUCCUCAUUCGUGAAGCCGCCGGCACUCAACCCAAGGUCUUCGCCCGAUACGAGCGAGGUGUUGAGAAGUCACAGAUCCUCGAGGGUCUUUCCGACAAGGAGAUUGAGGACACUGUUACUAGCCUGGUCCAACCUGCUCAAUAG